GACAAUCCGGAGUAAGGACCAAAUCCCCCGAGUAUCCUGAUUGGGUCCUCCGAGACGCAUGAGGGCCUGAGAAGGUCAGGGGUAUUUGGGUGGGUUGGCUCGUUGAACAAAAUAAGAAGGGGUUCCGCCAUCGUAGCCAGCGACGUAUGAGGUGAAGAGUUAUUCGGAGAUUCGCUUCUUACGCGCGUCCCCCGGUUGGCUGCCAAAGGUUGCCCCACAUUUACAUGCCAACGUACCGUGUUUUCACGCGCUCGUAAGCCGAAAGGGUCGCGUACGCAAGACUUGCUGGGAAAAGCAUGAGGGUGUUCAAGAGCAAGGAGACCAUGCUUGCGUGGGGGGUGGCUUGUGCAGCGAUGCCAUGGAAAUUCUCGACAGCUGCGAGGAGUACCGGUUUCGCCUUUUCGAGAAGUGCGGCAUGGCGAUGACUGUUGGCCGUUCGGGCGAUGACCGAAUCAACUUGGAGGGUUUGGACAAACCGUAUACCUUCAUGGGCGCCGAGGACUCCAGCGAUGACGAGGGACCUCUAGAGCCUGGGGAGGGUGCGGGGGGAGGGG